AAAUCCUUAUUUCGGUUUGCCUAAAUGUAGUCGAACUCAAAUAUAUAUAUUUGUAAUAAAAGGUGAACUGAUUUGUAGUAGUUGUGGGAUUUACCACGGUACUCGAACGCAGCACCAGAUCGUCUCCCAGGGCAACGCUCGACAACAGAGAGGAAGAUGGUCUACAUCACGGAGGACAUGGUCCGCCGGCGGGCCGAGCACAACGAGUGUGAGAUCUUCUCCCUGGAGGAAGUCUCUCUGCACCAGCAGGACAUCGAGAGGAUCGAGCACGUGGACCGGUGGUGCCGCGAGCUGAGGAUCCUCUACCUGCAGAGCAACCUCAUCCCCAGGAUCGAGAACGUCGGCCGCCUGAAGAAGCUUCAGUAUUUGAAUCUGGCCUUGAACAACAUUGAAGUCAUUGAAAACCUUGAAGGCUGUGAGAGCCUCCAGAAACUGGACCUCACGGUGAACUUCGUGGGCCUGCUGAGCAGCGUGACGUCUCUGCAGCAGAACCUCCGGCUCAGCGAGCUGUUCCUGGUGGGGAACCCGUGCUCCCAGUUCCAGGGCUACCGGCAGUACGUGGUGGCCGCUCUGCCUCAGCUGCAGUGGCUGGACGGGACGGAGAUCAGCCGGUCGGAGAGGCUGCGGGCCUCCCAGGGACUGGAGGAGGUGAGGAGGCGAGUGAGGGAGCAGGAGGAGGAGCACCUGGAGAGGAGAGCCGCGGAGAAGGAGGAGCACCUGGAGAAGGAGAAGGAGCACCUGGAGAAGGAGGAGGAGCACCUGGAGAGGAGAGCUGCGGAGAAGGAGGAGCAGCAGGAGGAGCACCUGGAGAAGGAGAAGGAGCACAUGGAGAAGGAGGAGGAGCAGGAGGAGGAGCACCUGGAGAAGGAGGAGAAGCACCUGGAGAGGAGAGCCGCGGAGAAGGACAAAGGAGACGAGGAGAGGAAACCAGGCCGCGACGGAGGCCCUGUGUCGGUGGAGAAAAAGGAGAACCAGGAGAACCAGGAGAACCAGGAGAACCAGGAGAACGCGGCGAGCCCCGACCCGGACGAGGAGCGGCGGGAGGAGGAGUUCUGGCACACGCCGUGCGCGUUCACCCCCGAGUCUCGUCUGGAGGCCCACCGCCACCUGAAGGAGAAGAAGAAGGGGAAGGAGAAGGAGAAAGAGAAGAAGCCGAAGGCCCCGAGGACACUGAUCACUGCUGAUGGACGAGUGAUGAACGUCAACGAGCCCAAACUGGACUUCUCUCUCGAUGAAGAUGAAGAAAACAACACGAUUGUGUUAAAUCUGGAAGUGUACAGACACAUGGACUCCUCCUUGGUGGACGUGGAUGUCCAGCCAACGUACGCCAGAGUCAAGGUCAAAGGAAAGAUAUUUCAGAUGGUCCUGCCGGCUGAAGUGAAGCCCGACAGCUCGACGGCCCGGAGGUCCCAAACCACGGGACACCUGGUCCUCACCAUGCCCCGGGCUGAAGGUGAAAUCAAGGCGACGAAGGCCGCCCCGUGUCCGGCGUGUCGAACCAGCAGCUCGGCAGACAAAGAAAGAAGACGCAGCGGCGUUCCCGAGAGGCUGGAGGUUGACCCCAGCAAGAGCACAGCCGUCGACCUCGCCAACAUCGUGCGGCGCCAGAGCACCAAACAGGGUCCGCUGGGUACGACCAGGACGGCUCCGCCCACCGCCACGGUUCACAGGUUCUCUGACGGGUUCGUGGACGACCCUGAUGUCCCCCCACUGCUAUGAGACUCUAAGACUCUGACGCGUCUGUUCCCGAAACCUUUCAGGUUAAACUGUGCAUAGGCGGCCUUUAUUCUGACCUUUAAUUGGGCCUCUUUUUGGGGUUUAUUGGGGCUUUAUUUGGGCCUUUAUUGGGGCCUUUAUUUGAGCCUUUAUUGGGCGUUAUUUGGGGCUUUAUUUGAGCCUUUAUUUGAGCCUUUAUUGGGGCUUUAUUUAAGCCUUUAUUGGGGCCUUUAUUUGGGGCUUUAUUUGAGCCUUUAUUUGAGCCUUUAUUUGAGCCUUUAUUGGGGCCUUUAUUGGAGCUUUAUUUUGGCCUUUAUUGGGGCUUUAUUUGGGGCUUUAUUUGAGCCUUUAUUUGGGCCUUUAUUUGAGCCUUUAUUGGGGCCUUUAUUUGAGCCUUUAUUGGGCGUUAUUUGGGGCUUUAUUUGAGCCUUUAUUUGAGCCUUUAUUGGGGCUUUAUUUAAGCCUUUAUUUGGGCCUUUAUUUGGGGCUUUAUUUGAGCCUUUAUUGGGGCUUUAUUUAAGCCUUUAUUUGGGCCUUUAUUUGGGGCUUUAUUUGAGCCUUUAUUGGGGCCUUUAUUUGAGCCUUUAUUUGGGGCUUUAUUUGGGGCUUUAUUUGGGCCUUUAUUUGGGGCUUUAUUUGAGGCUUUAUUUGGGCCUUUAUUUGAGCCUUUAUUGGGGCCUUUAUUUGAGCCUUUAUUUGAGUCUUUAUUGGGGCCUUUAUUUGAGCCUUUAUUUGAGGCUUUAUUUGAGCCUUUAUUUGGGCCUUUAUUUGGGGCUUUAUUUGGGCCUUUAUUUGGGGCUUUAUUUGAGCCUUUAUUGGGGCCUUUAUUUGAGCCUUUAUUUGGGCCUUUAUUUGGGGCUUUAUUUGGGCCUUUAUUUGGGCCUUUAUUUGGGCCUUUAUUUGGGGCUUUAUUUGGGCCUUUAUUUGGGCCUUUAUUUGGGCCUUUAUUUGGGGCUUUAUUUGAGGCUUUAUUUGGGCCUUUAUUUGAGCCUUUAUUGGGGCCUUUAUUUGAGCCUUUAUUUGAGUCUUUAUUGGGGCCUUUAUUUGAGCCUUUAUUUGAGGCUUUAUUUGGGCCUUUAUUUGAGCCUUUAUUGGGGCCUUUAUUUGAGCCUUUAUUGGGGCCACCAUCACAUCAACCGAGUUCAAUACGGUUAAAACUACUGAGGGUAAAAUUAGAGUUCUCGAGAGGCAGCCAGCAGUUUAUUGACCCUUGAGAUAACGUUCUGUUUAAACCUCACCAGCUCCAUUCAAAGGAACUGUGUAAGCAUCAAUGUUCUGGCAUCUUGUUUAUUUGUAAUCAUUCCACAUGUAUAGUGAGUUAUUGUUGUGUAACAAUAUCCUUAAUAGUAAACAAACGUUUUGAAUUCCAGACAAUACAUUUAUUUAAUUUAUUUAGUGUUAAAUUCAAAAUGGACCGGAGACCAUCUUCAGCGCCUUGCUGGAGGAGGGGUUUAACUUCCGAGCCCCUUAAAAGUUAUUGUGGUGACAAAAGAAUACCAGCUUCUGCAUCUUUGAUAGAAAACAAUAAAAACAUUGGAGAA